UCUUCAUUCCCAUCUCACAUUCUCACAUUUUGCUCCCCCCAUCUAUUCUCAUGGAAGUCGCUUCUCACUCUUCGCAUUCUAUACUUUGUUACAAGCAAUCGAGGCUUCCAUCAUCAACCUCGUCUUCGUUGCCGCUGUUUACUCACAAGGGACUAACUAUUGGGUGCUCCCCGUGCAGACGUCCCAUUUUCAGAAAGCUAACUACUUCUGCUCGUUAUGGCAUUUUUUGCAUGGUGAGGAAGCCAGUCGGGAUAUCAUGGUCUGACGUUGAUGGAAAAGAGGAGUUUGCCGGGUCUUAUAAUGACGGCAGAUUGCAUAGCCAGCAUAAAUUGUCCAGGCAUACAGUUGUGCAAUCUGGAGUUAUUGAAACUGGAAGCCCUGAUGCUGCUUUACCAGAAGUAAAUGUCGUCUCAAAAGUUAGGGGUGUGUUAUUUUAUGCCAUCGCUGCCUUUAAUGCUAUCUAUCUCUUUGCACUGAUGGUAAUAGCCCAUCCUUUUGUUCUGUUGUUCGAUCGAUAUAGAAGACAAGCUCAUGUUUUUAUUGCCAAAAUUUGGGCCACGUUUGCUGUUACUCCAUUUCUCAAUAUCAAGUUUGAGGGACUGGAGAACUUGCCUCCUCCAGAUGUUCCUGCCGUAUAUGUUUCCAACCACCAGAGCUUUUUAGACAUAUAUGUUCUUCUCACUGUUGGGAGACCCUAUAAGUUUAUUAGCAAGACUAGCAUAUUCCUCAUCCCCAUUAUUGGGUGGGCUAUGUUUCUAAUCGGUGACAUUCCUUUAAAGCGCAUGGACAGCAAAAGCCAAUUGGAAAGCCUUAAACGUUGCAUAUAUCUUCUCAAGAAGGGGUCAUCUGUCUUUUUCUUCCCUGAGGGAACACGCAGUAAAGAUGGAUCAUUAGGGGAUUUCAAGAAAGGUGCCUUCAGUCUUGCAGCAAGAACGAAGGUGCCAGUGGUGCCUAUUACUCUAAUAGGAACUGGGAAAAUAAUGCCUGUGGGAAAGGAGGGUAUCUUGAACACUGGACCUGUUAAAGUUAUUAUACAUCAGCCUAUAGAAGGAAAUGAUACAGAAACACUGCGUAGAGAAAGUAGAAACGUAAUUGCAGAAGCACUCAAUUGCCAAGGCUGACAUAUCUUCUGCCACUUGUCUGUUUGGUCCAUAUGGUUCUUACUAGAUUUGGUCUUUUGCUGUGAAUGGAAGUAACAUAAUCCCAUAGGUAUGAACUAUUUAUCGAAUUGUCACUGUGUGUGCUCAUGCUAUAAUUAGUUAAUUACAGUUGCAUUUCAAUCAUGACUCCCUUUACAUCUUUCAUCUGUUUCUUUUUUCACCUGUUUACCGUUCUUGGUCUGUGGCACAAAUGUUGUGUGUGUUUUAUUUCCUUUUCUUUUUCACUUUGAAACAAACGAAUUGCAGUGUUUAAGUAUUAAAUCUAAUCUACUUAAGAACUUUAUUCUUGCUGAAGUACAUAAUGAGAGGGUAAGCCUGUAUAGUUGCUUGAGUGAAUAAUCUUGAUCAGAAUAUUCAAAGGGGUAAGCGGUUCUUAUUGCAGCUCAAGUUUGGAGCCUUUUAGCUCAUUGUAGUAUACUUGUGGCUGAUAGUAUUCUUGAAACUUAGGCCACACAAGGAUGGUUACCCUUGUUCUAGUUUCGAAACCUAGUUAGCUAGGUUCCCAUGUGCUCUAUGGCCCUAAUGUGGUGCAGGCUCAGCUUUCAUUUCCUAUUGUGAACAUUGUUUUGUUAUUCAAGAGAAGUUUUCUGCUACUAGUCUUUUCUCUCCCAUUGUUUUUGGUUGUGAAAGCUUAACUGAUACUAGGCGGUGAAUAAUGUCUGGAGACUGAAGUGAAUCAUGGCGUUCGACGU